AGCGCUGCCCAAUCGCGUGCCAGCAGCCGCAGCGUCCUUUCACUCAGGAGAGAAACAUGGCGGACCGGCUCACGCAGCUGCAGGACGCCGUGAACUCGCUUGCAGAUCAGUUUUGUAAUGCCAUUGGAGUGUUGCAGCAGUGUGGUCCUCCUGCCUCUUUUAGUAAUAUUCAGACAGCAAUUAACAAAGAUCAGCCAGCGAAUCCUACAGAAGAAUAUGCACAGCUUUUUGCUGCACUGAUUGCACGAACAGCAAAAGACAUUGAUGUUUUGAUAGAUUCCUUGCCAAGUGAAGAAUCUACAGCUGCUUUACAGGCUGCAAGCUUGUAUAAGCUAGAAGAAGAAAACCAUGAGGCUGCUACAUGUCUGGAGGAUGUUGUUUAUCGAGGGGACAUGCUUCUAGAAAAGAUACAAAGUGCACUUGCUGACAUUGCGCAGUCACAGCUGAAGACAAGAAGUACCCACAGCCAGUCUCUUCCAGACUCAUAGUGCCCAUACAUAGCAUGUGGCUGAGGAAAGAACUGUUUCAAUGCCAUGAAGAAAGAACUGUUUCAAUGCCAUGAAGAAUUCUGUAUCAGAUUUAGAUGUAAGCCUUGCCAACAGUUACAGAAACAUUAAGCACUAUAACAUGUUAUCUUUUUCACUAUUUUUAAUAGCCUUCUAUUUUCACUCUUGAUAAAUUAGCUUGUAAAAUUGUGAUUGAAUCAGCUUUAAACCAUCAUUAUAUCAUUUUUUAUUAUCUGAAUGAAAUUGAGGCAGCUAUUGCAUUAAUGAUUAUAAUUUAAUUAAACAACUGUACUAUAAAAUUCUGUUUUGACAUAA